AUAAUAACAAAGAGAAUAAUAAUAAGAAAAAGAAUAAUAAAAAAGAAAAUUAAGGAAAAUAAUAAUAAAAAAAAAUAGUAUGAACCAUAUUGUGACCACCCGCACUGGUAUAAGUCGGAUUCUAAUACCCCCAACAAAUAAAAGUAUUAAGAUAAUGCAUCUAUUAAAUGGUUCGGUAAUUGGACAAUAUUAUGACAUUAUAAGAAGGAGGAACAAGGGGCGAAAUUUGAAUAACAUAUAAGAUAUAUAAAAAUGCAUAUGAAACUAAUUAUAUACUGUAUGAAGUUAACAUAUCGUGGGGGAAAAAUAACACGAAGAGAAAGGAAGAAAACGUAAGAAAUAAAUAAUGCCAAGAAAGUUAACUAGAGAGGGAGAUCGGUAUCAUUGGUGAAAUUCGAGACGUUGCCUUAUAUUCGAGUACUAUUUACAAUAUCUUCCAAAAAGUAUGCAUUUUACUUUUCUUUUCCUGAGGGUCAUUAUUCCGUGCGUUUUCAGGGCGGGGACUCUUUCAGAAAUCAUAUCGGCGUCGGCACAAGGGGGCGCUCUGACGCGAGUGCCAAUCGCCGCCGGGUCGGCGCGGUGACGAGUUUCGUCACCCACGUCCGCAAUCUGACCACAAUAGCCGCUGCUCUAGCGGAUGACCUCAUUCGCUCAGCGUAACAUCCAGUCUUCAGUAUCGUACAACAACUAGCUCUCAUUCAUCAAGAUGUCUGGUCGCGGAAAAGGAGGAAAGGGUCUUGGAAAGGGUGGUGCCAAACGUCAUCGCAAGGUUCUACGAGACAACAUCCAAGGUAUCACGAAGCCUGCUAUCCGCCGUCUAGCAAGAAGAGGUGGAGUCAAAAGAAUCUCUGGUCUCAUCUACGAAGAGACACGCGGUGUACUGAAAGUCUUCUUGGAGAAUGUCAUCCGUGAUGCCGUCACCUACUGUGAGCACGCCAAACGAAAGACCGUCACAGCCAUGGACGUGGUCUAUGCACUGAAGAGGCAGGGCCGUACCCUGUACGGUUUUGGCGGCUAGUCUGAUACUACGGUUAUGGCUAGAAAUAACGGCUCUUUUCAGAGCCACCA